AAAAUAUGUGGCUGUCCUGGGAUCAAACAGUGUCGUGAUAUCUGGAGAGGCAUCAAACUCACGAACUCAUCAGAUCAAGAUUAGAAAAGGAAGAAUCCACUUGGAAACGACCAAGAGUAUCACUCUCGGACCCGAAACGUAUACACCACUAGCAGCCAUGAUCUCCUCCAGCUUCCUCUCCACCCUCCUAGCGUCUGCCCUUGUCGGUACCUCUUCCGCGACCGCUAUCCCAUCCGCUCCCCGCUGGGACCAGCAGGGCCCGCCCGCCCCCGCCGCGGCCACCUGGGCCAAGAGGGAUGAAGCCGGUACCCCGGUGUUCCAGGCCAGCAACUACAUCUGGGGGUGCUCGCCCGGCGGCUGCAGCAACGCGUUCAACCUCACGGCGCCCGCCGGCUACCGCGAGGGCGCGCCCGGCUUCAACGUCGUGUGCAACGGCGUUUACAUCCAGUCCGGCUGGCGCGUCUGCUGGAACCCGGAUCUGUCGCCGCUCCCUGGAAACAACAUCGUCGAGACCCUCUGGACCGACGGGCCGAACAGAACGCACAUGUACCUGGGCGCCGCGCACAUCUACACCCAGGAGGACGGCACCAGGGUCAACGCGACCGGCCUGGCCGAUAUAGUGCCUGAGAAAGGAAUGAGCUUCGAGUUCCCGGUCACCAUCAUCAGUACUCCCUAAUAAUUGGGGCAAUGUGCGAAGUGAGGCUUUGCUUCUAAUCGCUCGGUUUGGGUUUCUGGAGAGGGGCCUCAACGUUGCGUGAGGGAAUUUUGUGUUAGAGCUGCUUUGGGGAAUUGCAAGAUCUCUAAAUUCGCUCUGGAUGGAAUGGAAUGAAAGAAAUUAUCGCAACCGCAGUAGCUUGGGCCCUUCGCCCUAACCCAAGCCGAAUAAGCUUGUGUCAGCUUGGUUCUUCUUUUCCGACCAAGUGCCGACGCGGGGAAGUUCCCGUCGUGGGGGCAUGUCGUUUAUUAGCCGCCCCCACUGUCUUGCCGACGUGGCGCCGCCUCGGCUGCGUCAAGACAUCUUGCCUGCCGAGCUCCAAUCCUGGAAACGCCCAGCUAGGAUUAUUUUGCCAUCGUAGCCUUACUGAAAGAACAUGUCUUUAUACCUAGGUAGGCCGUUAUAAGAUAGUGCUGGAAAAUGCAAUCUUCGACCUCCCCGGACCUUUUAUGGCCGGGAUGGGUGGUAGUCGAGAGCUGGGUAAUCAGCAGCGGGCGCUCAGCAAGACGUAGUGGACACACGACCGCCCUCCCCCGUCCCCUACAACGGGCAUAACAAGGCGG